AUGCCCGUCGUCAAGGGAGGCGUCUGGACAAACAUCGAGGACGAGAUCCUCAAGGCCUCCGUGUCCAAAUAUGGCCUCAACCAAUGGGCACGCGUGUCGUCGCUGCUGGCGCGCAAGACGCCCAAGCAGUGCAAGGCCAGGUGGAACGAGUGGCUCGACCCGAGCAUCAAGAAGAUCGAGUGGAGCAAGGAGGAGGAUGAGAAGCUGCUGCACCUCGCCAAGAUCAUGCCCACCCAGUGGCGCACCAUUGCCCCCAUCGUCGGCCGUACUGCGAACCAGUGUCUCGAGCGCUACCAGAAGCUGCUGGACGAGGCCGAGGCCCGCGAGUCGUCUGGCCUGGGCCUCACCGGUCCCGAGGGCGGCGAGACGCAGGCCCCGAGCGCGGACGACGUGAGGAGGCUGCGGCCCGGCGAGCUCGAUCCGGACCCGGAGACAAAACCUGCCCGACCGGACACCAUCGAUCUCGACGAGGAUGAAAAGGAGAUGCUCAGCGAAGCCCGUGCCCGUCUGGCCAACACGCAGGGCAAGAAGGCGAAGAGAAAGGCGCGAGAGCGCCAGCAGGAGGAGUCUCGCCGCCUGGCGACGCUGCAGAAGAGGCGAGAGCUCAAGACGGCCGGCAUCAACAUCAAGGUGACGACGCGGAAGCAGGGCGAGAUGGACUACAACGCCGACAUUCCAUUCGAGAGAAAGGCUGCCCCGGGAUUCUACGAUACAUCGGAGGAACUGGCCAAGAAUGAGAUGCAGCGGGCGGCGUUUGAUCCCCGCAAGCAGCAGCUGGCCAGCAAGCGCAAGGGCGAAGGCGAUGACGACAACGACCGCAAGAGGAGGAAGAAUGACAAGGACGGCAUUUCGGAGUCGCAGAAGGCUGCCAUCAAGGCAGGCCAGAUGCAGCGGAUUCGAGAGGCCGAGCAGAGCAGCAAGCGUCGUCCUCUGAACCUGCCAGCGCCCCAAGUGAGCGAGGGCGAACUGGAGGAGAUUGUCAAGAUGGGCAAGAUGGGCGAGGCAGCCAACCUGAUGGCCAGAGAAAGCGACAACGAUGCGACGCGAGGAUUCGUCAACUCAUAUUCGACGCUCAACACGAAUGCGCCCAUCCGAACACCACGGGCGCCGGCGCAGGAAGACCACAUUGCCAACGAGAUCAGGAACAUCCGAGCCCUCAACGAAACACAAUCCGCAUUGCUGGGUGGCGAGAACACUCCUCUUCACCAGGGCUCCGGCUCGACAGGAUUCGAAGGCAUCGCGCCUCGAAAACAGGUCAUGGCCACUCCGAACCCUCUGGCCACGCCCCUAAGAGCCGGCGGCGUCAACGGUGCCGUUCCUGGACAGACGCCCAUGCGCACUCCUCGAGACACCUUUGCCCUCAACCAGGAAGAUGGGAUGACAGCAACAGGAGCCACCCCCCGGGAUGUGAGAAACCGACAGAUGGCCCUGCGGAACCAGCUGCAGGCUGGACUGGCUGCGCUGCCCAAGCCAAAGGAUACAGAGUGGGAGUUUGAGAUACCCGAAGACCAAGUGCCAACUACGGCUAGCGAAGAGGCCUUGGAGGAGGAUGCUGCCGAGCGGGACAGGCGAGAGCGCCAGAGACGAGAGGCUGAGGAGGCGCUGGAACGGCGACGACAGACCCAGGUAAUACAGCGAGGGCUGCCACGGCCGGUCGUCGUCGACCUGACGGACUUGCUGGAGAGGGCCAAGAAGAUUGACGAUCCCGCUGCGGCGCUCAUUGCUGAGGAAGCGGCUGCGUUGAUGGCGAAUGAUGCCGCCAAGUUUCCGCUCAGUGGCUCCAAGGUCAAGGGAACGCUGCGACCGCUGGCUCCCAUAGACGAUGGCCUCCUUGCCGACGCCCGUCUCCGCAUUCUGUCGGAAACCAAGCCGUUGCCCAAGUUUGAGGACAUUCAAGCUGCCUUUGAGAGCCGGGCCGGAGGGGAUUCCUUGCUCUUGGGGCUGGGAUGCUAUAGUGACGAUGCUGCCGAGCAAGAUGCCGCUAUGCGGGCUGCUUUUGACGCCGUUCAAGAUUCCAUCAUGACAUCGGCGGAAGAAGACGCAAAACUCGAAAAGAAGCUCACGCUGCACCUGGGCGGAUACCAAAAGCGGCAGAAGAUGCUCAAAGACAAGGUCUCAGACGCUGCAGAGGCUUUGGACAAGGCAAAGGUGGCUCUCGCCGGAUUCAAGACGCUGGCCAUUUCCGAGGACGUGGCCAUCAACCGGAGGCUGGAAUCCCUGAGAGACGAAGUCAACUUCAUCAGCCGGAGGGAGAGAGAGGCACAGGAGGAGUACCGAAAAGCAAAGGAGGAGCUGGAGGCCCUGCGAGCGGGGGACGUCAACGGAUACCAUUGA